CAAAAAACUAAAACAAGGACGCUCUUAUCCUUGGCGCUUUUGAAAAAGCAUGAUUGUUUAGUUAGAUAUACUAAAAUGUUGGCGCUUGUUUACCAUGGCGCCUCUAUAAGCGUCAUUGAACUGUAUAAGUUUAAAGACGUUGGCACUUAUUUUAAGUAUCAUUGUAUACAUAUUUCAAUAGGCAUCCUUAACGUCGAAGAACGCCAUGUUCUUUCUUACAUAGUAUAUGUAAUAUAUUUCCCAUUCCCUCCAUAUGAUUUGUUGCACACGCCAAAGACAUAUUUCGCACUCAUACAAGCCUUAGAAGACCAGUUGUGAGUAUCAAAACCCUUAAAAGACCUAAACCCUUAAAGCAUAAAAAACCCUAAGCCUUCACUCUCGUUGAAAACCCUAACCUUUGAAAGAGUAUUGUAUUCACACCCCGAUCUACAAUUAUUCUUUUGUCAAGAAUGAAAUCUCGUAGAUCUGAGCAGCAACAAGGCAAGAGACAAUUUUGGGGUGAUACAUCACAUCGUGAAAUGACGAUAUGUAAUUAGUUAGCCGCCAGAGCUGUUUGGGGGUUUUCGUUUUCAAGAUCCUGCUUCAAUCUCCUCUAUGAAGCAGCCAGAAAAUGUGGGGCUUUUCGUUCCAAGGCCGACUUGAAUCUAAUAUGCAUCUGGUUAAGAAGGUUUAUUUUAGGGUCAAUAUAGUUCGAAUCAAAGGACCAGCUGAAGAGAAGAGUCCAUGGGUUGGAAGAAGAUUGGAUGUUUUCGUUCUCUUGAAAAUAGGGUCUUCGACAAGGCUUCCAUAAAAUGCAACAGACGAGAAUUAGUCACUAACUUUGAGCCAAGCAUUGAAUGAGAGAUCCUUCCCAAUAGAUAAUGGAGAUUGAGAACUCUACUUCAGCAACACUAGGGGUUCAUCUAACAUAUGGCCUGACAAUGGCAUCUUAUCGCCCUCAUAUUUGGAGUGGUGCAAAUUAUCCUGUCUUUACUAUCUAUAAGGAUCAUGAGAACCCCCCUCCUAGCAAUCAUAUAAUUGCACAUCACAGGGAUGCAAGCAGUGCCAAGGACUUAGAUCAAUCACAAAAGAGACUGAAGACAUAAAACUAGUACGCCAUGCCUAAGUCUCUACUUUCACAUUUUUUUCCUCCAUUUAUUUUUAAGUUUUUUUUUCUAUUGGGAUAUACACGUAUUAUUCCUGCUUCACCAACUAAUUUUCUGUACAUGCUAUACUUCUUGUUUUGUUGAUAUUUCGUGCUAUUCAUGGGAUUGUAUUAAGAGAUGUUCCUUUCUUGUAGUUGCACUUUAGAUUUUUGUUCAGUGGCUGCCAUUGUCUGUAAUUAGGUUGUCUAAAAAAAAUUGAUGAUGAUGAAAUAGUAGAAAGCAACGACUUUAAGCUUGUAUCCCUUGUAUUUUAAUGCCACUAAUGAGAGUUGCUUAUCAUUCUGAACAUGUUUUAUUGAUGUGUGGCCAAGCAUCUUCCAACAUUUCUAUGAAGUACACUCUAAUUUAAAUAAAUGUGGGAACCACAGUUUGAUGGUUGAAGCUGAUGAGAAGCAUCUGUAUUUGGACCGAGAACAGGUUAAGACAUGUCAAAACUAGAGUUGAA